AUGACCUCUUUUGAUAAUGAUAUGGAUCAUUCAUUUUGGGGAAGCAAAGACGUGGAGUGGUCUGCAUCUCACUCUAUUGGCGCAUCUGGAGGUAUGGUCAUUCUUUGGAAGAAAGAUUCUAUUUUUGUCAAUUACAGUUUUAUAGGUAGAGGUUUUAUUGGCAUUAAUUUUCUGUGGAAAGGAGAUAUAUAUAACCUGGUUAAUGUGUACGCUCCGUCUAAUGCGGUGGAGAGGAGGGUUUUGUGGAGUAGUUUAGUCGAUAGGAGAAACAAAUCGGGAGCGGGGGAAUGGUUUGUAGCAGGGGAUUUUAAUGAGGUUAGCAGCAGGGAAGAAAGGAAGGGAGUAAGAGAUAAUUAUAGUGGGAGAAACAUGGAAGAUUUUAUGAGGUUCAUCGACGACAUGGAGUUGAUUGAUUUGCCGUGUGUUGGAAAAAAAUUCACAUGGUUCAAAGGUGAUGGCACAGUGAUGAGCCGCAUUGACAGAUUUUUAGUUUCAAGCAAAAUUAUAGAUGAAUGGAAAGUCAUUGAUCAAAGAGUUGGUGCUAGGGACAUUUCUGACCAUUGUCACAUUUGGCUUAACGUAGGCAACAUUGACUGGGGGCCAAAACCGUUCAGAUUCAAUAACGCUUGGUUUCAUCAUGAUGGUUUCUUACCGUUUUUAGAAGAGGAAUGGAAUAAGCUUAAAUUUGAAGGGAGAGGGGAUUUUAUUCUAUAUGAGAAGUUAAAAGGGCUGAAAGCUAGUAUUAGAACUUGGAAUAGACAAGUUUUUGGAUGGAUUGAUUUGCAAGUCUCGGAAAAAGUGGAUAACCUAAACGCACUGGAUAGUCUUCUGGCAGAACAUCACGGAGAAGACAUAAAGAGUAUGGUGGACGAUAGGCAUAAUGCGAGCAAGGAUAUAUGGAAUUCGUUGAAGAUGAAGGAAAGUAUGCUGAGGUUGAAAUCCAGACAGUUAUGGCUCAAGGAAGGUGAUAAAAAUUCUUCUUACUUUCAUAAUUCCUUGAAAGAAAGGAGAAGGAGGAAUGCAAUCACGGUUGUCACAGAUCAAAACGGUAGUGUGGAUGGUGUGGCAGAUGUUAAAAGAGUUGUUAAAGAUCAUUUUGAAGAUUUUUAUAAGGAGAAGAACCGGUCGAGGCCUACUCCGGUAGGGUUGGAUUUUAGGAAGCUGCGCGAGGAAGACAGGACAUGGAUUGAACGACCUUUUUCAGAAGAAGAAAUUAAAGUGGCUGUUUGGGAUUGCAAUGGUAACAAAAGUGCUGGACCAGAUGGUAGAUGUAUUUCUGAUGGAGUGUUAUUGAUUAAUGAGGUGCUGGACCUGGAAAAUAGGGAGAAACGGAGUUGUUUGGCUUUGAAGGUGGACUUCGAAAAGGCAUACGGCAGUGUUAAUUGGGAAUUUUUGAGGACUAUGUUGAAUCAGUUUGGUUUUGGGAAGCGAUGGGUUAGUUCGAUGGAAUGCUGUAUAUUCAAUAGCCAUUUCUCUAUUCUCAUCAACGGAAGUACGACAAAAGACUUUAAGGUGGAAAGAGGUUUACGUCAAGGAGACCCUAUUUCUCCUUUCUUAUUUGUUUUGGUGACGGAAGCUUUAUCGAGGUUAAUGAAGAGGGCUGUUUCGUUGGGACAGUACAGAAGUUUUAAUGUUUAUGAAGAGUUAGAUGUUAAUCUCGUGCAGUUUGCGGAUGAUACUAUUCUGGUGGCGGAGGGAGUUAGCGACAAUAUUUGGUGGAUGAAAUCGAUUCUUAGAGGGUUCGAGAUGAUGUCGGGUCUAAGGAUUAAUUUUCAUAAGAGCAAAAUAUACGGAGUCCACGUAGGAGAUUGGAUAAUGGAAGCGGCAUCCAAUUUUUUAGCUUGCGAUAUUGACUAUCUACCUUUCAAAUAUCUAGGUAUUAAAAUAGGUGAUAGCCCAAGAAAGCUGAAUAUGUGGAAGGACCUCAUUAAGCACUUGAAAGAUAAGGGAGGACUAGGAAUCAAAGAUGUGAAGUAUAUGAAUAUGGCCUUACUCAAUAAAUGGAAAUGGAGGAUCCUUAACGAGAACGAGCCGGUGCGGAGCAGUCUGUUAGCAUUUAGAUAUGGCAAUCCGAGACUGAAAAUAAUGGUGGGGAACAAUUCUGUGCUGAGCAAUAAGGAUUCAAUAUGGUGGCGAGACUUAAUUCUUUGUGAUCAAAGUGUUGCCUUACCCAAUCGUUUUGCAGGUUCUAUAUUGAGCAAGGUGGCAAACGGACGAGUAACGUCGUUCUGUGUCGAAGAAGCGGGCCAGUGGCAGGGAUCUGAUUGGAUGUGGAAUUUAGAUGGUAUUGUGGAGAGUGGUACCACAGAUGUGCAGAAUCUGUGCACGGAAAUGAUGGAGAUGCUGGACGAGUUUGUUUUGGACAGGGAUGCAGUGGACAGGUUCGUAUGGAUGAAGAAUGGGGAAGGCAUUUUUUCUGUUCGUUCUUGCUAUGACUCGAUGGCAACGCCGAAUGUGACAUCAAUUAUUCCGGAAGACGUUUUAGAGGCUCUAAGUCAUUUGUGGAAAUCUGAAACUCCAACCAAAAUUCAACAUUUCGGAUGA